UCAUGUAUAUCUCGGCUCUGGUCUGGUGUUACCAGCAGUACAAAGUCGCUUGUUGACACGGUUGGGAAAAUGAAUGAACCAGUUCUGAUGCCGGCGUCUGAGCCACGGAUACCAAAUAUCGAUGACACUAAAAAUGGGAUCCUUAUUGUGAUAUUUUCUUUCAUCUUUUUCUUUACAAUUGAAAAAUUGUUGAACUUCUUCAUUCCGAAAGGUGCUUCUUCACACAAAACAUGGCAGUUCAAAAACAUCUUGGUAUCUCUGGUACAUUCCUGCAUUUCAAGUAUCUGGGCAUUUUCAAGUUUUGUUGAAAGCCCCGAAAUGGCCGAGGACCUGAUAUCAGUUUAUACACAGUUUUCUCAUUCUCUAGUAUCCUUUUCUGUUGGUUAUUUCAUCCAUGACGUUGUGCACAUGCUUUCAAACAAUAAGUCAAGGCAAUCCUUUGAACUCAUCGGCCAUCACAUAGUCGUUUGUAUAUGCUUUGGCGUUGCUAUAGUCUUUCAAAAAUAUGUUGGGUAUGCAGUAGUAGCUUUAACUGUGGAGUGGAACAGUAUUUUUCUACACAUCCGGCAGAUCAUGCACAUCCUUGCUGUUCCAAGAAGUGGCACAGUUUAUCGAAUCAACAGUUUGAUAACAUUAGUUACAUUUGUGGCAUUCCGUAUCACCACCCUAUCAUGGAUGACUCGAUGGAUUGUGAUCAACCGCGACCUGCUACCAUUCGUCAUGUAUACUAUCGGCAGUGCAGGAUUGGCGAUCAUUACCGUCAUGAACAUUGUACUCUUCUAUCGACUCCUCAAUACAGACUUUUUAUCAAGGAGAAAAGAGAUCAAGAAAAAUUGAUUACAUGUACAGCAUUUUGCAGCAGAGUAUCAACACACAUGCAUCUUUAAAAGGGAGAAUGGCUCUAAUGGUAUUUCUGAGCCAAGGACUUUGAAAUGAAUUUUUAUGACACCGCCUUGAAUUAAUGAAUUCUGUAGUUAUCCCACCCAACCAGUUCUGUAGAGAUGUAGGUUUACCCUUGUCCAUCUGUCCUUUCAUACGUGCAAUCAAAUGAGGCCAUUUAAUACUCGCAGAUGAGUGGUCAGAUUGGUAUCAUUUUACUGUGGGGUUGCCUUGUAUUAUUUCUCCUGCAGUGGGGUGAUUAAUAACUUCACAAUCAUACUAUCUUAAAUUCUAUGCUCGUUCAUCGGGAUUAGCUCUGCUUUGCGUUGCCCAUGUUUACGGGGUGUCAGACACAAAUACUGAGUGUAUACAUGCUUCCCGAAAUUGGUGGCUUGCAUUGGAACUAACUUUUUCCCCCUUGUCCAUCAUUAAAGGCAUUCAAGUGUGUUGGUCAACCAUGACUAUCUCCUUUGUCCCUCCACCAUAAGGCCUAGUUUCCCCUUAUGACAUCACUAUUUCGGACACUCAGCGCCCCAUUUCUGGAAAGGUGAUAAUCAUUAUCGAUUAACAUGAGGUUGGUACCACCCAAGAAGAAAAAAACAGAAUAUGGUGUUGUCAUACAGAUAUGGACAUAGUUUUGAAAAGGUGAUGAAUCAAAGGCUCGGCAUAUUUGCCUUCUUAACGAUUUCAGCACCUACGUUUCACUCCCCAAAUACCCCUUUUCUGAUCCCCCAGGAAAAAAAAGGUUUUUGCAAGAGCUCCCUCAAGAAGACCGGAGCUUGCUGAUUCAACAGAGACAAGUUAACUCCGGCCCCCCAGCUGUAUUUUAUUUUUCUGGUUAAAAACUGACCAAAAUUACCCCUUUUCAGCACUGCUGACCCGCUUAAAAAACUCCGAAAUGAGUCGGUUCCUUUACCAUCCGAAAGAUGGAGUUUGUUGAACCCUUCACAGAAAUCAUAACUGGCUGGAGAGGGGUAUUUUUGGCCUAAACUGUGGCGUAAAUCUGCAACCGAGGGUGCUGAAUGUGCUGCAACCUGCAAUUAUGAUCACUGCUAUUGUAUGUGCUACAGAAAGAUUUAUUUCUGGCUUUGAUAUUUAUCACAGAUAGCUUAGAUCACCAAUUCCGGCCAUGACCAUUACAUAGAGAGCAGCGAUCUAAAUCGUUUGUUUGAGGGGCAGUUUUGUAAACCUUAGACUAGCUCUUGAGAAUGACAUGAAAUUUUGGUUUUGAGCCUUUUUGGCUCACCGUAGGGGAGUCUAUACAACACCGCUGUGUCCGUCGUCGUAUCCUUUUGGCACGUUUCUUAACCGCUAAAGCUAUGAACUUUAAACUUGGUACACAUGACCCCCUAGGUCAGGUGACCUCUGACAGUGAAUGUCGGUCUGAUCUGAUUCUUUAUUUGGCCCCCUGGUGGCGAAGUGGAAACCUAAAAAGUGUGAUAUCACUCUUAUGAGUGACUCGUUUACGAGAAUUUUUUUAUGGUAGGUUCACCUAGCAAGGAUACAUCACAAAUUGUAGGGGUUUUUGAUUUGACCUAGUUUUCAAGGUCACAGAGGUCAAAUGCUGUAAGUUGGCCGUUUGAGUCUAACAAUGGCACGUUUCUCAACCGCUAAUGCUAUGAACUUAAAAUUUCGUACACAGGACUACCUAUGUCAUGUACCUCUGACACCGAAUUUCGGUCCAAUCUGAUUCUUGACUUCGCCACCAGGGGGCCAGAAGUUGAAACCUGAAAAGUUGAAUAUCUCUCUUAUGAGUGACUCGUUUUCAAUCAAAAUUUUAUGGUAAGUUCUCCUAGCAAGGAUACAUCACAUAUCAUACAGGUUUUUAAUUUGACCUAAUUUUCAAGGUCACAUUGUGUUUUGAACUGUUCCCGCGCAAAUUUACUGCGUCAGUGCGCCAUUGUAUUGCGCCUGCGGAACCGCGACAGUGGCGCAAUUCAAACCGUCUGAAUUUCUGUCAAGCAAACCCCACCGUCCGUUUUAAUCAGUUUAUCUUUCCUUUUAUUAAUGGAGUCGUAUGUCUUGGUAUAAUAUGGUAUAAUAAUGUAUUUAUUCAUAUGCAUAUCAUAAAGUUUACGAUGUAUAGUAAUGCCAUUCAGGAAUUAUCUAAUUUAAAAUCUCAGGGUUUUAGUGUGCGAUGUAAAGUAAUGCCAUUCAGGAAUUAUUUGAUUUAAAAUCUCGGGGUUUUAGUGUGCAAUCAUUCGCUCAUAUCCUCAAUGCAGUCUGGCCUUUGUGUAAAUACUCUCAACUCGGCUCUAUAAGACCAGGUUGAUAAUACCGCCCAAUGCCACAUUUAUGAUGUUUAUUCAUAAGGAUAUUCAUCUAGGUUAGGGGUGUUAGGCCUAUAAAAAUUCUCGUCAGACCUCAUUGGUUGGGAACAUGAUUUUGGGUAUGAUGCAUGCAUGCAUGAUAAACGUGUAGGCCUGCCAUCGAAUUCAUGGUAUGGCUUUCAUGAAAUCAACAUGGAUUUAACAUGAAUUCAAUUAUGCCAGGAAUGAAUGGGUCCAUUCAUCGUUAAGGGCGAUUUGAACUCCUGGGGAUGUGUGUGGUAACCAUCUGACUUGGAAAAGAGACACUGUUUAGACCGGGUGUCGCAAAAUUAAUGAUUUUGAUUGUAUUUAUCAGGUUUUAAAAAUGUAAGAAACUAAGAAAAAUAUCAACGACCUGUUAACCCAAUGAAACCCUUUAUUCUGUUCGUAAUUCAUUGUGAUACAUGAUGUUCUGUCACAAUUACUCCUGUAUCAGUUCGUCGUCCAUGUCUACAAAGUCAAGUCCAUCCUCUUCCUCGUCGUCGUCGUCACCCAUUGCUGGCCCAUUGUCAGUUUCCUGUGUUCGGAAGGAUGCUUCAAAGCUGUUAAGAAUUACUCGGGGUUCCACGGAUUCCCAGGCAUUGCUAACAAUGUUUACCACAUCCAACAGUUGUACUGGACGACACAUGCCAUCGUCAUCCGUGUGUCGUACUUUCCAUGAUUUCCAUUGUGUUUUUGCGUUGUUCUUGAAGGCUUUCAUGACUGCGACGUCAAGUGGCUGUACGAGUGAUGUGCAGCCGACCGGAAUGAAGUCAAUAAUAUCCCCCAUCUAUGUGAUGCUCAAUCCAAACUGUUCAGUUCUGUGGACCCGAUGUCGGUCAACCAGAAGCAAAAGUAGCUCGCAGCGUUGUGACCUGGACGUCCUGACAUCAACAGACCUGGCACCUUUCGGAUUGCAUGUAUAAAGAGGGCGACAGUCAAACAAUAGGAAUGUUUCAUCCAUAGUAAACAAAAAACGAAAUUCAAUAUCCAUCCCUUCAAUGGUGUCUGCAACUUCGUUCCGAAACACUUUCACUCAAGCAGCCGCAUCAGCGGGAAGGGUUGUGGUGUCCUUAUUAGACUUUGCGAUAUGAAAUGUUAUUUCUCUUCAUAAAGUAAUUGACCCAUCCAGCUUGGAACUCUCUUCGGUGAGAUCGUCCCACCAGGCUGCAAACAACUCUAACGCUUUCUCCUGAAUGUCCUGUACAGCCACUGGGAGGCGUUUCCCCCUCUGCUCCAAAAUCCAUUCAUGGACUUGAUCCUCAGCUUUUGUCAAGGUUCCGACAUUCUUCACUCUAUUCUUACGCACUUUACCAGGUUGCUGGUUACGUUCUAAUUGCUCUAAAUUCCAUUUUCAAAAUGGCCCAAACUAAUAGGUAAAAAGUGCAAUGUUUCACUUAUUAGUGACUUGUCUUCAAUAAUUUUUUAUGGUAGGUACUCCAAGCAAAGAGGCAUCACAUGACAUAAUGAUUCUGAUUUGACCUGUACACUAUUCAUAACUAUACAUUUAGCAAUGGCCCCUGGCCUUUUCAUUAGAUUCAAUAGUUUCAUGCAAUCGUUUGGUCGGUUGGGUUCUGUACACAUGAAUCCCUACGUCAUGUAACCUCAGACACCGAAUUUCGAUCCGAUCUCAUUCUCGACUUGGCCACCAGGAGCCCAAAACUAAAAAAAGGUAAAAAGUGCAAUAUCUCGCUUAUUAUGCCCCGCCCGCUCAACGAAGUUGAGAUGGGGGCAUUAUGUUCUUGGCUGGUUUCCGCGUCCGCGUCCGCACUCUAUUCCGCUCUAUAACUCAGGAACCGCUUGUCCGGUAGACUUGAAAUUUUUAUGGUGUGAAGGCCUAGGGUCUCGGAAGGUUCCCUAUUGAUUUUGGGCCUCAGCUCAAAUCCAAGAUGUCUGCCAGGCCACCAUAUUGGUUUUUAGCUCACCUCUUAGCAGAGGUGAGCUUAUCCCAUACCGUGGCGUCCGUCGUCCGUCGUCGUCGUCGUCGUCGUCGUCGUCGUCGUCGUCGUCGUCGUCGUCGUCGUCGUCGUCCGUCGUCCGUUAGCAGGGCACGUUUCGUAACUGUUAGAGCUAUUGAGUUGAAACUUGGUACACAUGUACCCUUAUGUAAUGACACCUGGGAGACCAAGUUUCGGUCCGAUUCGUUUCAUGGUUUGGCCACCAGGGGGCCAAACGUUAAAAGUGAAAAUAUGCAAUAUCUCCCUCAAUAGUAGUCGGGAAAUUUUGAAAAAAAUAUGGUAGGUACUUCUAGCAAAGGUGCAUCAUAUAUCCUCCGGGUUUUUGAUUUGACCUCCUUUUCAAGGUCACAGAGGUCAAAUGGUGUAAAUUGGCCGUUAGGAUGUAACGAUGGCACGUUUCUAAACUGCAAUGACUAUUGAUACCAAAUUUGGUACACAUUUACCCCUUAGUCAGCUGAUCUCAGGGACCGAAGUUUGGUCCAAUAUGAUUCACCACUUGACCACCAGGGGGCAAAAUCCAAAAACCUUAAAAAUGUGAUUAUUCCUUAACUUCUUGCCCGAUUGCCACCAAUUUGAUAUCAUGGGUACAUCUAACCACCAUACAGUAUAUGUCACACAGGUUUUUAAUUUGACCUUCUUGUCAAGGUCACAGAGGUCAAAUGGCGUAAAUUCGCCGUAAGGCCGUAACAAUGGCACGUUUCUUAACUGCAAUGACUAUUGAUCACAAAUUAAGUACGCAUGUACCCCUUGGUCAGGUGAUCUCAGGUACCGAAGUUUGGUGCGAUCUGAUUUGCCGUUUGGCCUCCAGGGAGGGGGCCAAAUCCUAAAUUCUUCAAAAUGCCAUUAUUCCUAGUAAUGACUUGCCCGAUUGGCACCAAUUUUAUAUCAUAGGUACAUCUAAUUCUAACAACCAUUCAAUGUGUCACCCGGGUCUUCUUUGAUUUGACCUACUUUUCAAGGUCACAGAGGUCGAAUGUACUGUAAAUUGGCCAUUUUGGGGAAAUUGUAAUUGCUUGGACCUACAUCAAACCUAACACUACAUGACACAAGACCAUGCUCUUUAUCCAUCUUUCCUCCACAUGAGGUGAGCACAAUGGCCCUGGCCAUUUCAUUUGCAUUCCGCCGCCUAACUAUAGAACUGAGUGAGUGAUAAACCUGAAACAUCUGUGGUGUGAUGCUCUAGUGUAGGGGAGGCGCCCUAUCGAUUCUGGGCCCGAACUAAAAUCCAUCAUGGCCGCUAGGCGGCCAUCUUUAUUUUUCGCAUUCUCCGCCAUAACUUGAGAACCGAGUGAGUGAUAAACCUGAAACUUCUGUGGUGUGAUGCUCUAGUGUAGGGGAGGUGCGCUAUCAAUUUUGGGCCCGACCUAAAAUCCAUCAUGACCGCCAGGCGGCCAUCUUUGUUUGUUUUAUUCCGCCCCAUAACUUGAGAACCGAGUGAGUGAUAAACCUGAAACUUCUGUGGUGUGAUGUUCUAGUGAAGGGGAGGUGCCCUAUUGAUUUUGGGCCCGACCCAAAAUCCAUAUAUCCAAAUCCAAAUACGAUGCCCAUCAUCAGUCCUUUCAUGACUGGUUGAUGAAAACUUGUCACACUACAUACCGUAUUUAUGCGCAUUUUAGUACAUGUGCUUAUAAACAAAAAUCGCUUGUUUUAGGGUAUAUUUUCAGCCUUCACUUUGCCCGAUUAUAAACGCAUGUGCUAAUACUUUUCGGAGAUGUCAUCGUCACUGCAUCGAAGGGAGGCUGCAUGACUUCUAAUAACAUGCUGGAAGAAUACGUGAACAAACUGUCACAGUCCCGUGCUGCAUGCUUCCAUGUUUAACCCCGCUAGUACUCUAGCAUGUUAACUCUGAAUACUGCGCACUGCCACAUGAAAGACGAAGAGAAAGACACUUUUAAGCAGCAAAACACACAACUGCUGUUCAUUCCAGGUGGAAUGACCCCUCUCCUGCCACCAAUCAACACGCACAUCAAGAACAUUUUUGUUCAAUUAUUAGCGCACUGCGCUUAAACUGCGCUUACAAUUGAAUUUAACUGCACCCUCAAUUACCGCGUGCAGUGCGCUAAAUUGCGCAUAAAUACAGUAAGCAGAUUACUACCAGUAUAAGCACUUAAAAUUCAUUUCCUUUAACCUACCCAACAUUAAAAAUAUGCCCACUCAGCGGGGGCAUACAUUGCGAUUCACACGAAUCGCGUUAUGUCUAGUUAGUGACUUGUUUUCAAUGAUAUUUUUAUGGUAAGUACACCAAGCAACGAUACAUCACAUGUCAUACCAACUUUGGUUUGACCUAUAUACUAUACAUGAAGCAUGUUUCUUAACCAGGAUGGAUUCCUAACCACCAAAUAUCUAUACGGUUAGCACAAUGGCCCUUGGCUGUUUCAUCUAAAGAAAACUUGAUAAUUAAAAUCAGAAUAGUUCUACAUGUUUUGCUAGUUUAUAAAUGCUUACUUACUUUUAAAUUUCUAUUGAUAUGAUAUGUUUCUUGAAAAGAACUCCUGACCACUAAUCAAAAAAUAGAGAAGAUGGGAAUUUGUUAGUGAAAAUUAAGUUCGAAACUCCUGCUUAACUAUUCACUAACCACAAGAUAAAUGGGUUAAAACUGUAUUUAUUGGGUCAAUGAUGCAAUGACAUAUCAAUUUUUACAGUGAAUAGUAUGUCUUAACACCACGAAACAGUGGAAUACAACUGAUUCUCAGUCAUGGUGUACACAAUAGCCGCACGUACACCACCUGAAAAUGGACAACCAAUCUUGGUUCGCGAACCAAUGCCGCACCAUCGAAAAUCCACCAACGCGUACCCUAGCGCUGCAGCUUUAUAAAAUCCGGCAACAGAUGGCACGCAAACAAUAAGCAGAAAGCGCCAUUUCGAAAGCGCUGCCUGGAGCCGAACCAUCUAACUAGCUAAUUGCCGAUCCAUUUGCGCGUACACCACGGCAAAGCCGAGCUCUUAACAAGCCGGGCGAAUUUGGACCAUCAAGCGUGGUGGGACAAAUUCGCCCGGCGAUUUGUAUCGGCAAUGGAUUGCCGAACCAAUUUGUCGCGGCAAUGUGGUGGUGUACAUGCAAUUGGUCCACCAAUAUUUCGUGGUGUAAGCGCAGCUAUAAUGUUAUCUGCUUAUCAUGCUUUUGGAAAGUGUAGUGUUGACAUACAGUAUGUAUCAGGUUAUUCACAACAGAACAGCCUGUCUUUGGAGGUGUAGAUCUGAGAAAUACACGCACAGAAAAUAUCUAAAAUGUAAUGUAAAUAUCUUGUGUAAAUUUCAGCAUUAUGGCUGCAGUAUGCUUAAGAUAACCAUGAAAUUUGUAAGACUCAUCAAAAAAGGUCUGAAUUAAAGUACAGUCUAGCUCAUAUUAAUAUCAACACCUACAACUUAUGAUAUCUUCUUAACUAGUCAACUGUUUUCAAUGCGGUUUGCACAAGGUUGUCACAAAUGUUGUUGUCUGUAUGAUCAUGAUGAUGGCAUUAUUGUUGUGGGAGCAGUGAAAGAACAAUUAUCUUAUCUUCUGUCUAUCGAGUUUAUUGCCUCUCAUCCAUCCAUAUCGACGUUAGUCGUUACAUACAGUCCAACAGAUCACACAGAUCACACAGAUCACGUAAAACUGAAAGAUACAAACCAUGACGAACAUGUAAAAUAACUUCAAAAGGUAGAAGGAACCAGUGCACUGCCAAAGGAUACAUCUCAGAUACAUGAUAUUAUAUUGUUUAAACAGGUAUUGAAUCAACAUUACCAAACACAGAGGAAAUGAGCUCAAGACCAGAGCUUCUUCUACACCGAGCCUCCGUCAUCCAGCGCCAUCUAUUGUUAAUACGAACCAAAUGGAUUGUCGAACACGUUGUCAUUGACGCUGCUCUAUUCAACUCGAUUAGGGCCAACUUGCAGCCACAAAAUCGUCUAAGCUUGGUUUCAGUGUUGUCUGUACAUAUUAUUCCAUAUUUACAUCUGUGACCAGCGUUGGUUAACACACAAAGAGACCUAAACAUGCCUUCGCAAACGGCAGGGAUGAAAUCCCUUCUUCACACAGAAAAAGUUUCUAUUUGGGCGGAAGUACAGUGAUGCCAUCACUACACAAGGAAGGAAACCACCUACCGGAAAAAGCAAUGGUGUUGUAGUACAGCAAAAAAUAAGAUAGCCUUGGGUGUUUUUAUGUUGAUAUCUUACACUGCUUCUGAAAUAACAUACUUUUUCUGGUUGAAUAUCAACCCUGGGCAAUUCCUGUUUGUGGUGACUUCUGACACUGUCCCACUACACUGUAAGCUCGGACCACGGCUACCCUCCCAAGGAACUGGUCACACACACAAUUAUUUCCACAGAAUUAUACACUACCAGCAAGAUUUAACAAACAAUAUUAUUUUUGAUUCUUGCUAAUAACAUCUAUUCAAUAGCCAUGGGAGUGAAUGGGAUAAUUAUGUCCCUCCUUUAUUGAAUGAGGUUUGAAUAAUUGUUGUGCAAAAAUUCGAAUACUAAAAGGAAUAACCUAUUAAAAUGUGUCUUUGCUUGUUAACACAGGACCCUACAUGUAUAACCUGACACACUGCAUGUCGUGGUGGUGGAAGUUUUGGGGCAGAUUUCAAAGUUCAAUAGAAAUAGCAUCUAUUGCAUGUUGAUAUUUUUGCAGAAAAAAUAAUGAUAGCUCAAAGCAAAGAUAAGAUAUUAACAUGGAAAUAGCCAAGAAAGCCUUAACAACACUAGUGAUUUUUGGUGGAAUUUGUUGAUAUUAAUAUGAGCUAGACUGUACAUAGAGCACACUUGAUCACCCCACCUGAGGUACUGUGACUCUUUUUGGCUCCCCAGUAGGGUGAGUCUAUAUCAUACUGCAGUGUCCUUUGCCGUAUAUGGACAAUUUAUAAAACAGUGGCCUGGAACUUAACACGAAAGCUAAAGCUGUGAAAAUUAGUUAUUGCUAUAACAUGUUUUUGUGCAUCUGUCCAACUUCUCUCUGUGUCAUUUCAUGGGCGCAUAUAAGCAAGUCAAUCCCCCAUUUUCCGCCAAUAUAAAGAGAAGUACGACGGGCUGUCUUCCCUUUUCAUUGUCAUUGUGAGUCAUUCAAAAACACCCUAGUUACAAUGUUUAAUUUUUAAAAAUGGAUAAUGUAUUGCCCUCAAUUUGACCGCAGAGGUUUUUGUGAGACCGUAAACCUCUUGUUGAUAUAAAAUGUAUCAAAAGCAGAUUCACGAUGGACUAUGCCUGAAAUGUAUCGAGUUUAAGGUGUUUUACCUCACUGUCUGUAUUGGUUGUCUUACCAAACAAAGGUCGAAUGGGGCUGUCAUUUCGGCCAAAACCUAGGCUGGCUUAUAUUUUAUCCUCACCCUGGCAGUGUUUGGUUAGUCAAUGGUUGGUAAGGUCUUACAUGAUUUUAUGGAAAACAUCAAAUAUUAAGGCGUCUUUUCUAUCAGUCAUUGGAUUUGACCUACUGUCUAAAUGGAAAAGACACAAAGAUCAAAUAACAGCAAAAAAUCCUGAUUUUAUUUUCCAGUGGUAACAAAUGAGUGAAUUUGUGUAUGGUCCAUUCUGUCAUCAUCUCUUUUGCUCAUUACUGAUCUGAUUUGCCAUGUUUUCUGAUAGAUUUUGGGUAAUAGACAACCUUAUCUCAGGGUGUUCCAUCAAACUAUUUGAAGGAAUUGCUGUUUAACAACCACCCUUGACUUAGGCCUACUGGCUACUGCUCUAGAGCACUGGCGUUUCUGAUAAUGGGCAAUAAGUUGUUUUGAGCAUGUAUAUCAGUCAGGUUUCCAGUAAAUUUUAUUGGUUUAAAACUCUUACUGAAGGUUUCUUUUUAGGUUUGUCAAUAUUCUGUACCUGUACAUUAACUCUUUGAGAUAUCGUCAUUUUUUUCUGUCACAAUACCAAGAACGUGCGAUUUUUCUUGAAAAACACUAUUUUCAACAAAAAUAAAAAAAUAAAACCAACCAUCAUAGCUACUUGCAUUGUAUAUCUCCUGAAAGGUCUUUCUGAGUUCUAUUCUUUGCUUUGUAGCAUUCCAAUUAAGGUAAACCAUUUGAUUUACAGUAUUUUUUAAAAGAAAUAUAGUUUUCACCCCUCACCGAAUUCUGAAAUAAUGGCAGAACUAGGCAUUCCACUAUGAUUCUCCUAGAAAGCCACAAAAAGUCAUAAAAACAACACAGAAAAUGUUCCUAGAACUCUCAGCUGACCUAACAUUUUGGCGGAAAAACGUCUGCUAGCUAUCACCACCAUAUACACCCAACCAUCACCCGCCCAUAGUAAGAAAAAAUAUUGGAAAGCUGUUAGUAAUCUAGAAUGACUGUAGAUGUCUCUCGGGUUGAUUCCAGACGGUGCUGAGCACAGCUAAACCGUGUGUAGAAAGUAAUGUAUGCAAACGGCAUAGGUCGUUCAACGUUACUGGUGCCUGAUUUCCCCAAACGACUUAUGCCGUUCAAAAGUCUCAAAGAGUUAACGUACACGCUUAUGUCUGAACUUGAAGGACAUGUUAUUGUUUGAUCAACAAUGGGGAGAGUGUCCAAAUUUGAAAUGAGAUGAGUGGUGCUCUACCUGUGAUAGCUUUUCAUAUUUCUUGAAAAACUUUUUUUAUUAUUUAAAUUAUUGCUUUUUGUACUGGCACUUACUGUGUUGUAGAAGAUAUAGUUGUUUAACUUGUUGCAUCCAAAGAUCCAUCAAAUGGUUAAUCUGAAAACCGGUGAUGUCAUUGUGUACUAUAUUCUUAUCUUUUUUUGGCAGUUAGAUCUGUAGAACAUUGGAGCAAUAAUAAUUGUAGAAGCUGGAUUUGAAUAUUAUAGUUUGGAAAAUUAAACAGAUACCAGUAGUUUAAUAGUGAUGACAUAACAUUAUGGAUGGGGAAAGAAUAAAAUUAUUAUAGAAAAAACAAAUUGCCUAAAUGGGAUGGAUCUUGGAUUAAGGGUCUACUGAACCAUCAAUGUCCCCCGAUUUUCUGCGCUGUGUGACACCAUUAUUACAGCCAACUGAAAUUUGCAAAUGAUAAAUACUGAUGGCUAUUGCUGGCUCAUGGAUCUUUAAUAAUUAUGAUAUGUAUCUAUACAUUUAUAGAUGAAUAGUAUAACUGUGGUUAUUUGGUUGGUGGAAGUCAUUUUACAAAACGUUUCCACAUUAAUCAAAAAUUUUAUUCCAGUACUAGAGGCCUGCCUGUUGGCCUGGGAGCUUCGCUUGGGGGGUGGCGGAGAGAUAUGCUUGAUGAGGAUGUUAUACAUACUUUAACUAAUCAAAGCCGUCAAAAUGCAGACAAAUAUCACUAAAUAAAGAUAUGACAAAACACUGGUUACGUUCCUAAACUAAUAAUAAUCAAAGUACAGUGGAACCCCGGUAACACGACCACUCAUGGGACCGUGGUCAGAGUGGUCGUGUUACCGGGGUGGUCGUGUUAGCGAGGUUGGGAAUCCCCAGACGAAAUACAUGAUUAUUUUUCCCGCCAAAAUUGCCGACUGCAUGGCGUGUGUACGCUGUACUACCAUAGCAACGCUGCCUGAUUGAGAUGAUGCACGCUCCAAAGUUUUGUUAUCAUGCCUCGCAAGAACAGUUCGUCGAUAAAAUUACAUGUUACAUUCUCAGAAUGAGUUAGAAAAGGUAAUUUUGUAACUCAUUUUAUCCACAAAGUUUCAUUAUCUGCCCGACGUGACGCAUUUGCGGGCAAUUUGGUGAAUCAUCCUCCAUGUACCCGACUGUUUGUGACGAUUGAAGUAAACUAGUCGUAUGAUUCCACGUGAAUGAUGAGUUGAGUAAUGCUACAGUUUUAAUCAAAUCUAUUUUCAGUCAAAAUAUUUAAAGAAAUAUAAAAUGAUACUGUAGUAAAUCAACAAAGUUCUCCAUAUCAUAAAACAUUCAAACGUCUCGCAAGCUUGUUAUUGUCAUAAGUGUGGUCUUCAAACUACCCGCCGUUUAUUAUAAGUUCAUAUGCAAAUCACGCAAAUCACAUGAUUUUGCUGCUGCUGAGUGCGCAUGUCUGGUACUGAACUGGCUCAGUAAUGAAAACAAACCAUGAAAACGUUAGAAAAGGAAAGUUUAUUUAUUCAUUUACACUUAUACAAUUGAUCAUACCUGCAAAAUCACAUUGUAUUUUUUGUUUUCAUAUGUAUUUCCAUGGCCAUUGUCCCCGUCUCAACAAAGCUUGGCAGCGAGGUGCUAAUUACUAUGCCGCGGUCGCGACCGAUUACGGCAAUUAGGCCUGGUGGUCGGGUUAGCGGGGUUGAUUUUCAGUUUGGUACCGGCCAAGCCAGUGGUCGCGGUCGGGGUACCGGGGUGGUCGUCUUAGCGGGGGUCUCUUAAUGGUAAUUAGAGAGGGAACCAUUCGGGACCGGAGAAUCGUGGUCGCGUUAGCAGGGUGGUCGCGUUACCGGGGUGGUCGCCAACCGGGGUUCCACUGUACCUGGCUUUGAAUAAGAUAUUACGUCGAUAAAGUAGUGAAUUAAGAUGAAGUUUACCCCAAAAUAUUUCCAGGAAUUGAACGAUACACCAUUUUGACAGGAGAUCACAUGACCAAUCCUCGUCAUCAUGCCUUAGUUCGGGAAUUUCCGGAGGCGGCAUUGGAUUGUUGACGUUAAAAUUUUCCUAACCACAUCAAAAUUACAGAUAGUAUCAUGGCUAAAAAGCAUCCUACAAUUAGUGCAGAAUAUUUACAAUCCCCCUAGAUAAAAUUACAUGGACAACUCAAUUAUUUGGGAACUAUGCUUGCAUUAGUAGACGGUAUGUGAUAAGCUACGCUGGCUAUUAAAAUUUGCAAGCGAAGCUAAAAAAGGUUAAUAAUAGCAAUUGAAUAAAUAGGAAUUUGCUGAUCAAUUGUGUGAAUGUUCACAUUCUAUUUCACAUGUAGCUGUGACCCAGAUAAUUACCAGAUAUUCUAGCUAGGACUGAAUAUUGUAAACUACCACAUUUUCAUGCCGUUGGAUUUUGCGAUUCAUGCCUCAUAACCUAGUGGUUAACACUGCUGGCUACCACGCAAUAGGGCCCGGGUUCGAUCCCGGGGAGAACCCAGGAUUGUAUUUCUGGAUGAACCAGCGUGGCUUUCAAGGAACUAAAAUUCCUGGCUCUUCACAACACGUACAUUAACGUAUGAAAUAGUCGAGGGUCUGUCGGAUGAGACUAAAAGCCGUGGUCCCUUGUACCUGAGUGUCUAUGCCAGGGCAAGUAAACGAUCCCACAUAGGUGGACAAUAGCCUAUAGUGGACUCCAUACCUCCGGCAAAAAUCCAAUAGGGUUACGACGCCGGUAAUGAUGAUUAAUGCAAAACUUCUAAAAAACUCUUUUUCACUGUUUUUAUUUUGGUCGAUUACAAAACUUCUUUUGGUUUUCCAAUGAACAAAUUUUUGGGGCAAAAAACCAGACGAAGUGAGGCCAUGAAACCCCAAUAAAUGUCCAUGCCUCAAGACACGUGAUAUGCUGCACAAAAGACAUUUCAUUACACUAGAGUAACUAAAUGGUUGGUGUAUCUAAUCAAGUGGCACGUUUUGUCAUUAUUUGUCCAAGAGUCUUUUUACUUUUGUAUAUAUGCGUGAUAUAGGCAUAUCAAUAUGUUAACCAAAGUGAAGUUGAAAGAAACCUACCAGGUACUUUCCAUCUUUUGUACAUUGUACCCAUAUAUUUCAGCUGAGCACCAGGCCCUUGAGCCUCUUGUUUAACAAGUCAGGUGAGUUAGCAUUAGCGUUACCUUGGCAAUGGCUAAUGAUCAGGUUGCCAAUUGAUAGCUAAUGAACUAUCUGCAGGAAGCACGUUCAUUCAUUAUUUAAUAUAGAAUACCUAAUGACUUCUUGUCCAAGUCUCCAGAUAAAAAAGCAUCACCCGUCUCCUUGGAAACCAUAUCAUUUGACACCGAACCCUAGUGAUUCUCUGUGACAUCACUGUAUUAAGAUGAACCAGCAAGUUUUGUGACAGCAGAGCAAUAGAGCUAAAUCUGAGCCUAAUAAAUAUACAUUGACCUUUAUAAUGUGUAUACUCUUGUGUGGGCAUUGUCUGAGCUGAACUCCCGGCCAUGAUGUUGGCAAAGACUGCAUUGAAAGUGAUUUCCCAAGUGCUUCAUAAGCAACAUAACCUUUGGUAGUGCAUUUGAAAACUGUAAACCAACUGAAUGGUUACUAGACAGGCCGAUACAGCCACCCACCUUCGUUUUUGGUUUUGAAGCAAGACAAAAGAAAUCAAUUAGGUUAUUUUCAAUUCAUUGUUUUUCCAUAACUAAUGUUUUGGGCAGUGGUGUCAUCCAUGCAAGUUUUAGAAAAAUCGCCCUGGUAGUUUUUGCUACAAUCACAAUCCAAGGGAUGGAUCCUUAAGCACUUAAGAUUGGGCUUGAUCAGGAGAUUUUCUUUGACUUUGUUGGCCGCAGCUAACCAGGCUUAGGGGGGUAAACAAAACCAAGACCUAAGACAUAAGACCUAAGACCUAAGAUCCCCGAAGUACAAAACUAAGACCCAGGUACAAAACUAAGAUCCCGAGGUACAAAACUAAGACCCGGGGAGGCCAAUUCCAAACUAAAAUUUUGAAGAAAAAUAUCAGAGUCCUAGUUUUGAACAUCAGGGGAUCUUAGUUUUGUACGUACAAAACUAAGAUCCCCCGAGGGACAAAACUAAGACCCAAUUCCAAACUAAAAUUUUGAAGAAAAAUAUCAGAGUCUUAGUUUUGUACGUCAGGGGAUCUUAGUUUUGUACGUACAAAACUAAGAUCCCCCGAGGUACAAAACUAAGACCCAAUUCCAAACUAAAAUUUUGAAGAAAAAUAUCAGAGUCUUAGUUUUUGUACAUCAGGGGAUCUUAGUUUUUGUACGUACAAAACUAAGACCCCUCGAGGUACAAAACUAAGACCCAUGAUUUCUUUCCAAAUUCUGCCCCUCUUUCGAAUUCAUUUUGAUGCAGUAAUAUCACCUUUGAGAUGCAUGCAGUUGCUCCAUCUCAAUAAUAUCUCCAUAUGCACUAUGCAGGCACGACCGGUCAUCACUCUAGCAUAUACUCUAGCAUAUACGGCCUCCAUCCAGCUCCACAAAAAGUGGCGAAACCGGUUCAAUACUCCUUUGAGUCAUUCGGAGGAGCGCCGCCAUCGGAAGAGUUGGAACGAGUAAAAUAUGAACGUUUUCUUAUCCAUCAAUUACAUACUAACCGAGUCAAACAACGUUAUUGCAAUAUAGGCAGAGAAGGAAGGAAUAUGAUUAUCAGUUUGAUGAAGACUUUGCAAAGUUUCUUCUUGGGACUCUUGAAGGUCUGCCUCUACCAAAUAUCCCGAUGGAAGUUUCUCAUCAUGAGUCUUAGUUUUGUACCUCGAGGGGUCUUAGUUUUGUAUGUACAAAACUAAGAUCCCCUGAUGUACGAAACUAAGACUCUGAUAUUUUUCUUCAAAAUUUUAGUUUGGAAUUGGCCUCCCCGGGUCUUAGUUUUGUACCUCGGGGGAUCUUAGUUUUGUACCUGGGUCUUAGUUUUGUACUUCGGGGAUCUUAGGUCUUAGGUCUUAUGUCUUAGGUCUUGGUUUUGUAUACACCCCAGGCUGGGCAGUCUUUGCUGUAUGCUGGGUGGCUUCCAUCACAGUUGGCGCAUUUGGGCUGUUGGGUGUUGCAUUCUGUGGUCUUGUGUUUACCUGAGCAGUCAGCACACUUUGAUGGGUUAGUGCAGUCAGAGGCAAUGUGGUGUAAUACUUGACAGUUGUAGCAUCGUAAUGCUUUGGCUUUGGGACACUGGAGCUCUGUUGGGAAGGUAAGAUGACCUAUCUUGAGCUUGUGGGUUAGGAUGUUGGUGGCUGUGGUGUCGUCGCUGUGUUUGUGCUCCUUGAUAUGAUCCUGGUAGCCUGGCUAACAUCUGGGUAUUUUUCACGUUGACUUCUUUUGUACGGUGUUGAUCCCGGACUGGCGUUCUAGGGUGGUUGAUGCUAGAACCGGGGAUGAUGUUUUCUCCCCAGUGUUUGAGCGCUCUAUUGUAGUCUGCAAUGUCAUUUGGGAACAAUUGGAAAAGAUUGUGUUUCAGCCUGAUGAUAUGGUUAAAGUUGACCUUGUCGAUGUUCUUCAGGGCUUUGUCAAACACUAAUAUCGACACAGGGUUCUUUGUUUCCACGAAGAGUGGGGCUGGUCUAUGGCUGGUAGUAUUGACGGGUGAGGUGGAUCUGGAAGAUGAAGGGCUUUGCUGACCUUUGCCUUUUUUACCAAGUGGUAGAUUGUGUAGGAAGGAAUCAUUGAGCUCUUCUUCUAUACUGGCUUGGUGGGGGCGUCCUCUCUUCAGACUGGCAGUGUUGGUGAUUUCCAUCUGGGCAGGAACUGCCUUCGCCUCAGUAGGGAGAGUGGGCAUUGAUGGGUAAUUUUAUGCAGUGAAGCACGUGUUGUUUGUGCACAUCUACAAUGCAUUGCAGACAGUGUGUGUAGUGCGGCAGUGCGAAGCCCGAAAGAAAUGGGCUGGAAAAAUGGUAGGAAGGUGUCAAAAUUGGUGAAACUGCGUUUUAGAUAGGUCUACUAAUUUUGAUUUAACCUUUGAUGUGGGUUUGAGACGUAAAAGUGUGAGGUAAUUCGGUAGUUGGCGUAUUUUCUAGCUGUGAAAAAUCGGAAAUGUCAACUCGAACUUAGGUGACCCCUAGGGAGAACCCCGUAACGCCCUUAUAUAGAGCAUGAAAAUAAGUGAAUAAAUGUGACACAGUGAGUCAAUCAAAACGCCACUAUGUGAAAGUUCACAUGUUUUUAAUAGAGAGGCAGCGCCUCUACUCUAAGUGUUCAGAACUAAAAGGGAACGAUGAGGCUGUAUUGACCCAGUUAAAAGUAAUAAUUCUCAUCCCCAACAAAAUAGGCCUGCUUGUGGUGUUUUUUAGUAAUUUCGGUGCGAUUUCUGAAUUUCUUUAUUUUGGACUCUGAAUUGGUGAAAUGUACUACGCAGUUUAUAUGUUCAGUUGGCUACAGUGUAAUGUAUGUCAAGUAUGGAUUAGUCUAUACUUGGUUAUAGUUAAGUGUUGUUAGAGAGAAAAAUGUUACAGCACAAUCAUUGCUAGACCUUUUCGGAAAAUAAUUAUUUUUGGCAAUAUUUGACUCAUUUGGAAGGUGAUAGGUUGGCAUGUAGAGAUUGUACAGCGGCAUUACAUAUUAUGUGUUGCAAUUUUACUAGGAAUGUUUGAUGCAACCAUCAAGAGGAAAUCAUAAGUUAGAGUUCGCUUCCGUGUCCCUGCACACACUGAUUUCUUUAGGAUGAAUGCAACAAGCCCCAUUGAGUAUCCCAGGGAUAUUUCGCUACAAUACUGACUCCAUAAUUAUUCAUUCAUUUAUUUUUAGAAUGACUUACAAAGAAACAAAGAAGUGUAUUUUCUAAACUAAUCAUUAACAUUAAUCAUUAAUAUAAAGGAUAUAAAUGUGUUGUCACUGAGUGUUGAACCUGGGGGGUGAAAGCCCAUACGUUACAGUAAUUAGGAUAUAUAUGUUCUUGACUUCAUUUAUUUUUAGAAUGACUUACAAAGAAACAAAGAAGUGUAUUUUCUAAACUAAUCAUUAACAUUAAUCAUUAAUAUAAAGGAUAUAAAUGUGUUGUCACUGAGUGUUGAACCUGGGGGGUGAAAGCCCAUACGUUACAGUAAUUAGGAUAUAUAUGUUCUUGGCAAGUGGGCGAUUUCACCCUUUAAAAGGCCAAAGAAGCCCAUCCUCUAAUGCUCCUUUGUAGUAUACUUUGAACAGUUCAAAGGAUAUUCCGUCCGCCAACACCGACUUCCGUUACACCAUAUGGUCAGAUGUGCAUGAAAAUACCAGAAUUGAUCAAUGGUCAGAUGUGCAUGAAAAUACCAGAAUUGAUCAAUCAGUGAGCAAUCAAAUAGACCUCAAUCAAUUUAUAUGCAACCUACAAACAAUGUACAUACACUAGUACUGUGUGUAUUAUCUGUCUGUAUUGGUAUUUUCAUGCGUCUCUGGUCUACUCCAGAGUUUUGGAAUCUGAAAAACAAUGGUGGCCUGUGUUGGUAGUCAUGGAAUAACCGCAUCAAUAAAUCUAGUUUCUAGGCCGCGCAGACCUGUAGGCCUACUCUAUUAAAAGAACUCCACUGACUGAAGGACUCAAUUUUAAUGGUUGAGCAAACAUGACAGUAUUAAAUGAAAAUACUCGAAAUAAAAUUGUCUUUCAUGGUUUCGAGGCAACUUUUAAUCACUUGACUAUUAUAUGUAUUC